AAAGAAAACUUUGGAGAGAGAGAAAAGGAGCGAAAGGAGGUGUGUGGUACCUAGGAUGGACGGAAGUGGCGACGAUUCGACGCGGAGGUCGUUCGACGGGGUCGAUUGUGCCGUGUUUGCGGGAAUGCUCGCCGUUUCGGCCAUCAUCGGCGUCUAUCAGGCGUACAAAUCGCGAAAGAACGAAGACGAGGCGGUCCGAGAGUACUUGGUCGGCGGGCAGAACAUGUCCAUCUUUCCUAUAACGAUGUCGUUGAUAGCCAGCUACAUAUCCGGAAUAACGAUCCUCGGCCUACCAGCCGAGAUGUACGUCUACGGCACGCAAUUCUGGAGCGUCGUCAUUGCCGAUUCGUUCGUCUCGUUGACGAUGAUUCUCGUCUAUCUGCCGGUGUUUUACGGUCUUGGCAUCACUUCGUCUUACGAGGGUGGUUUGAAAGCGGUUGUUUGGACCGACGCCGUUCAAACGAUCGUCAUGUUUGGCGGAGUGAUAGUGAUAGCGGUGAUCGGGACGAGACAGGUCGGCGGGUUCCAACAAGUUUGGAAGAGAAAUCGCGACACCGACCGGAUCGAGUUCUUCGAUUUCAUCCUAUUACAUCCGAUCGACAGCAUGGAUCUAGAUCCGACGGCGAGACACACCUUCUGGACGGUCGUGAUCGGCAACUACUUUAGCUGGUUGGCCAGUUGCUCCGUCAAUCAAGCAAUGGUACAACGAUGCUUGGCCAUGCCCAACUUGAACAAGGCCAACAUAACCGUCGCGAUCAUGGCGAUCGGCAUAAUUAGCAUCGUCUCGCUCAGUUGCUACACCGGCAUCGUCAUCUUUGCCGCGUUUCACGACUGCGACCCCAUCACGACCAAGCAAAUAAAAAAGCCGGACCAGCUACUACCGUUUUUUGUGAUGGAAAUGACCGAGUCGAUCCCGGGGCUGCCCGGGUUGUUCGUCGCGGGAGUGUUUAGCGCGGCGCUCAGCACAAUGUCAACCGGGCUCAACUCCAUGUCUGGCGUCAUUUACGAGGACAUGAUAAAGCCGUGGCUGCGAGUAUCUCUCUCGCAAGUGGCGGCCAGUCGAGUCAUGAAACUGACGGUGGUGUUGACCGGUAUUCUCUGCGUCACGUUCGUCUUCCUCGUCGAGAAACUCACCGGACUGAUUCAGGCUGCUAAAAGUUUAUCGGGCAUCACAGCCGGACCGUUGCUCGGAAUCUUCACGCUCGGCAUGUUCUUUCCAUUCGCAAAUUCCGCGGUAACGUAUCGUCUCUCUCUCUCGCGAGCAUCUGCUCGAUAUACACGUAUCGUCUCCUCUCACCUCGAUUUGAUGUCGCAGGGAGCACUGGUCGGCGGAUUGGUUAGUCUAAACUUGGUCGCCUGGAUCUCUUUCGGCACGCAGGCCGCUAUAUCCAGCGGAAAGAUUCACUUCCCCGUGAAACCAGUGUUCACCCACGGAUGUCCGCAGUCGCUCAAGGAUCACGCUACCAAUUUUACGUUGGUCGUCGAAACAGCGAUCAAAGAGCAACCCUUCUUCCUCUACAGAAUGUCGUACCUCUGGUACACGUGGGUCGGUUGUCUAACCGCGAUCGUCGUCGGCCUGCUCGUCUCGUGGAUCACAGGGCCGAACAAACGACGCCCCGGUGACGAAAAGUUGUACACGCCCGUCAUUCGCAGCUUGUUGUUGCGCAACACGGCCACCAUCGUCCGCAAACGGCAACAGGUCAGAGACGACCAGAUCAAUUCCGAGACAAAGAAACUGUCGCCGAACUCGAGAAAAUGGACGACAAGAGCGCAACUAGAACUUGAGAACGCAGGCAAACAUCCUCGUUUGCGUUUGUAUUCGGUCGUAUGCGUCGUAUGCGUCGCCGGCGAUGAUCUUUGCGGGGGAAACGUCAGUCACGGAUGGAGACCUGGCGACGAUUUUGACGAUAAACAAAAAAAAAAAAAUAAUAAAAAGAAAAGGAACGAAUAA